AUGGCCUUUUCUAUCGAGGCUGCCGAAUUCAUCGCUAUUAUAGUCGAAUCCGUUCUAUACGGUUUUGCUGCUUUGCUUAUUUUCAUUACACUUUGGGCUCUAACCCAUGAGCGGAACGACCGCCAACGUUCUACAGUAACGCUUGUAGGUGUAUGCGCCUUGGGAAUUCUCAGUACUCUUCAUGUCAUUGCAGAUGGAAUCUACGUGUAUCAAGGAUUCAUUAUUUCGAAAGGCGAUCACAUCUACUUCCUUGACAGCACCAGAUUCACUUUCAAGAACUCGGUGUACUAUUUGGAGACUCUCCUGGCUGACGGCAUUCUUAUUUAUCGUUGCUAUAUUGUCUGGCAAAACGCCUUGAUUAUUGCUUUCCCGAUUCUCGGCUGGAUUGGAACCGUUGUGGCGGGAGCCCACACCAUCUGGUCCAUAGCAAGAGAGACCGGAACAAUUAAUAAAGACGCAAUAUUUGUCCACCAGACUCAACAAUGGGUAGUGUCUUUCUACUCUAUCGCUUUGGCGACCAACAUAUCAGCGACGUCCAUUUUGGCGACAAAGUUGUGGAUAGCCCACCGGCGUGCCGUUAAGUACUUCGCUACUACGUCCACGCAUACUUCAAGGAGCUCUUUCUAUCCCAUCAUUCUGGUGAUCCUCGAAUGCGGCGCAUUAUAUUCUCUAGCGCUCAUUUCCAUGCUGGUAAUCUAUCUGCGGCAGUCAAAUGCCGCGUACCUUGUUGUCGACCUGAUUGGUCAAAUCAUUCCAAUUACGUUCUCCGUCAUCCUACUACGAGCGGCACUAGCCCGGUAUCAAAAAUACGACCACCAGCACAACGUCUUGAGUCAUCUGGAUUUCGCGGCCAUUGUUCGGACGGAACCUCAGUCAAGUUCUGCCGGGACUCUGAAAGUCGGAAUAAGAUCGUACCAAGAGAGCGACGAAGACCGAGUACAGAUCAGCAGUAGCCGAGGCCAAGAUAUAGACCCGACGGGGAGUAGCCACCUGAAGAGGAACGAGGAUGUUUGA